AAGCGUCUCACUAUCUUUUCUCUUUCUACAAAAAAAACUCUCUGUUAAGAAACACAGCAUACGUACGGUUACAAUGUCUAGCGCUGAGCCUGAACACGAGCACAGAGAAGAGGAAGAAGCCGCCGGAGCCGAUGACGAAGAUACCGGAGCUCAGGUUGCGCCGAUUGUCAGGCUCGAGGAAGUUGCCGUAACUACUGGCGAAGAGAACGAAGAUGCUAUCCUCGAUUUGAAAGCGAAGCUUUAUCGAUUUGACAAAGAGGGAAAUCAGUGGAAAGAGAGAGGUGCUGGUACUGUUAAGCUUUUGAAGCAUAAGGAAACUGGAAAAGUUCGUCUUCUUAUGCGUCAAUCUAAGACUCUUAAGAUCUGUGCCAAUCAUCUAGUUAUUCCGACGAUGACAGUUCAGGAACAUGCUGGAAACGAGAAGUCCUGUGUGUGGCAUGCCGCAGAUUUUGCUGAUGGUGAAUUGAAGGAUGAAUUUUUCUGUAUUAGAUUUGCAUCGUUAGAGAAUUGCAAGACCUUCAUGGAGACUUUCCAAGAGGUUGCUGAAUCACAAACGAAGAAAGAGGAAAAUGUGGAUGCAUCUAAUGCUGCUGGCCUACUUGAGAAGUUGAGUGUCGAAGAUAAGAAACCACAAGAGAAGAGCGAGGAAAAAACUGAAGAGAAAGUUAAGGAAGACGACGUCAAAGAAGAGAAGCCUUCUGAUAAUGCAGAGAAAAAGGAAGAGACUGCUUCAGCCUGAGAGACGUAUGUCAUGUACACCAAAUGUAGUUGGUGAGGUUUGUACCACCUCCAUUUUUGCCAACCAAAUUUGGGUGUAGUCUGGUCAAGUGCAAGAGGGGUGUUUACUUCUUGGUGUUGCUUUGGGGCGGGGUCGUCUGGGGGGGGGGGAGGUUGUUAUUUGUUUGUCCAUCUCUGAGGUGUUUCAACAUCUUGGGGAAACUCAGGUUGAGGUCGGGUCUUGUUCUUUGAUUGAAGUAUUGUGUUGGUCUAUUGUAAGUCUUGGUAUUAUAUACCCAACUGUACGUUGUUUACGUAAGGCCUCUUUUUGAGGCUGUUCUUUCUUCGUGUCCUUGGUUCCAUAUAAUUCAAUUCAUUACUUAUUUGGGGAAAUUAAGCCACUGCUAGGCUGAUGCAUUCUAUGUUUGUGUUUCUA